CAGAGCCGUGCUGCCUCACAUGGACCCGAGACAUCAACAAGACAACAAGACACUCUCAGUAGUUCCCGUUUGGAAAGGCAAAAGAGAAGUUUGAUCAGGUGGAUCAAAACGCCAAACAUCUCUCGAAAAGGAUCUUGCGUUUGUGUUUUAGGUUAAACCGUACAAGAGAACGAAGAGAGCAAGUGGUUUAAGGAGCGCAGACGAGUGCCAUCAGCGAAUUCUUUCCAAAAGACUUCUUUAAGGGGAAUAAUGAGGAACAUUUGGAUAUUCCUGACACUUUCCGCCGCUGUCUGCUUGUCCAGCGACAAGAUACUGGUCUCGGGUCAGUCCCCUGCCUCAGCUGAUGACCUCUAUUUGGAUGACCAGCAGUCUGGUGACUACCCUGUAGAUGAUGAUGACUUCAAUUCUGGUUCAGGAUCUGGUUCUAGUGACACAGAUGAUGAUGAAGACACUUCCACGGUAAUUGUGCGGUACCCAGAAUUCAAUGCGGGGUCUACUCAGGAGCCUGUCUACACCAGCAACCCCAGCUUGGAGUCCUCUGUUUCCAGAAAGUUGGACAAAAUCAGCAUAGAGACAUUCAUCGAGUCAGACAUGGGACCAGAGAUCUCUGACGAUCAGACAGAAAAGGCUCAGGUCACCGUUGAAGCCACCAGCUCACCGAGUAUUGAACAAGAUGCUGAUCUGCUUCAUGAGGUUCGCACAGAGAAUCUCUUCCAAAGGACAGAAGUGCUGGCAGCGGUGAUAGCCGGCGGAGUGAUUGGCUUCCUGUUUGCCAUCUUCCUGAUCCUCCUUCUGGUGUACCGUAUGAGAAAGAAGGAUGAGGGGAGCUAUGACCUUGGAGAGCGCAAGCCACCCAGCUCAGCCUAUCAGAAGGCUCCGAGUAAAGAGUUCUACGCCUGAAUGACCAAUCAUUGCCAACAGUAACAUCAUUAUGACAAGCAACUCCUCUCCAAGAGUAGCAUUGGAUUGGUAGCACAUCGAGGGGAUUUUUUUUUUUUUUUUUUUUUUACGGGGAACCUUUACUUAUUUAAAAAUGUAACAAAAAAAAAAGAGUAAUUUUGCUUUACAAACCCAACCGGGGCUUGUAUUUUCUUUUGGGAUCAAAAAUGUCAAAGAUUGUUUCUCUAUGGUUUUUGAAAACAACUGUUGUCAGUAUAUGAAAGUAAAUCAUUUCUCACAGGUUUUUAGUCAGUGACUACUUUGUAACAGUAGAGGUACGUUUUAUUAAAGAACAAGACAAUUCCAGGGGUGGAAAUCCUGGGUUAUAUCUGAUACCUUUAAUUUUCCACUGAUUAUCUCAGUGUGGACUUUAUCAGUAAUUUAGUUUUCAUCUCAUCGUUUUCGUAAAGGGUAUUUUUCUCCUUCGGCUUGUGCCAUUAUGUUCUUCAGUCAAACUGAAUGUUUGUGUUUUCGUCUGGCCAAUAUGAAAUCAUGCAAAGAUCACAGCAUACUGCAGAAUGUUUAAAAGUAUUUUGUCAUAUUUCACAAUUCUAAUGUAGUCGGUACAGUGUUAAGUCCCUGAAAGUUCACAUUCUACUUUGCCUAAAGCUAAGAACACAUUCCUCCAUUCUUGUACUCCUUCUUUCCCUCUUUUUCUGUCUUUUAGUUUCAUCAAAGUCUCCCACAACUCCAUUCAUACUCAUAGCAUACUUCAGUAUUGCAGUAAUUGACUGAAAUGAUUAAGAUUACUGUAACUGUGAUAUAAGUCUGCAUUGCACACAAGCGUAUCAAGGUCAAGAACCCCUAACACAACUUUUUGAGAUCCAGUUACCCAACACUUGGAUGGAAAAAAGGCUCAUUAGAAUAAGAUAUGGAUUAAUAACAAGUGUAAUGAGUCCAAGAAUGAAUCUUCCAUGACAAGUUAACAUCAUUUACCCAGUAAAAGUCUGCAGUUUUACAUAUUUUUAUGCCCCCAUUCUUCUCAGUCGACCCAUUUGCAAUGUUCAUUUUUGACAGAAAGCCUAAUGAAGGCCAUUUUUCUUUAUUUCGUAAUAUUAUCUCUCACGCUAAAGCAGCUUUUAAAAAGGAUUUCUCUUUUGUUUCUGACUCGAGCAUACUCUGCCGAAUGUCUCUGACCUUCCAAAGACUCAAACAGUGUUGUUAACAGUGAUGAUGAUUAAUAACGUGAAUCACAUCUGCUCAUUUUUACUCUUCUCUUCAUGUGCAUUUCCAAUAUGUUUCUUUUAAAGACCUGACUGACCAUUUAGAGUCAACGACGUCUCUGUAUAUGUUAAUAUACAAUAAUUUAUAGAAUAUAAUUAUUUAUAUACUACAUAUUAUAUGUAAUAUGUUAGUUAAAAAAAAUCUAUGAAAAUGUAUAUUCACAAAUGUUUUAGAAGCCCUUGAAGUGCCUACUGUUCUGCAACAGUUCUACAGGGAUUUUAAGGACAUUUGUGCAUCGGAAUGAUGUUAAAAGCUGGAACUGGAGAAAUGUGAUGAGUGGUAAUGUCACAGAAUUACAGAAACAGUAUUGUAUUUCAUAAAAAAACACUACUGAAUAAACAUUUUCUCAUGGUAUUUUAA